GUUUCAGGCUUGCUUGUGCUUCAUGUUUUGUUAGCUAAUCUGGCUAGCAGAUGUUGGCCGGUUGAACUUAUCGUCAAAUGAAUAUAUGUGCAUGAAACAGUUCAUCCGCCACUCCUAGUCAGGAAGGAGGAUGGCACAUCGGCCUGCUCUACCUGAGCUGUCCCAGAGGACAGAGCACCUGGAACUAGAUAAUGAUUCCGACAGGGACUCUGGUGUUGGGGAUGAUGCAGGAGAGGAUGCUGACAGUUGCCAUGGAAGCACAGAAACGCAAGAGGAGCAAGUCAACACACAAGACGGCAUGGAAGAAACUGGAGGGGAGGGAGAUGUCUUCACAAUUUUUGUUGCCUUUCAAGGGAACAUGGAGGAUGAGGACUUCACACAAAAACUUGACUCUGUCCUCAGCGGGAUCCCUAACGUGCUUGAUAUGGGCUCUGAGAGGCUGAAGCCACAGCAUGUGGAGCCAUGGAACAGUGUUCGGGUUACCUUCAACAUUCCUCGGGAUGCUGCUGAGCGACUCAGACUGUUGGCCCAGAACAACCAGCAGCAGCUCAGAGACCUGGGGAUUCUCUCUGUGCAGAUAGAAGGGGAAGGGGCCAUCAAUGUGGCUAUGGGACCAAAUAGAGGACAGGAAGUAAGGGUGAAUGGACCAAUUGGAGCACCUGGCCAGAUAAGAAUGGAUGUCGCCUUUCCAGGUCAGCCUGGACCAGGAGGAGUAAGGAUGCCCAAUCCGCAAAUGGCUCCUUCUGGGCCAGGCAUGGCAGGUCAGGCUGUCAUGCCAGGCAGCAGUGGACAGAUGCACCCUCGCAUUCCAAGACCAUCUUCGACAGAUGUGAUGGACCCAAUGAUGCCAGGUAUGCCAGUUCAGCAGCAACAGCAACUUCAACACCAACAGGCUGGUCCCCAUGGCCCCGGUCCCAUGCCUCCUCAGGCAGCCCAUCACAUGCAGACCCUGCAGGCUGGGCGACCACUCAACCCUGCCGCACUGCAGCAGCUACAACAACAGCACCACCAACAGCAGCAGGCCCAGCAGCAAGCUCAGCUUUCUCAGCUCGGACAGAGACCUCCAUUUAACCCAUCAGGCCAGAUGGCCGUGUCUCCUGGCUGGAACCAGUUGCCUGCUGGAGUUCUUCAACAACAAGCCUCCCAAGGAGGUCCUGUCUGGAGAAAGCCCCCACCACAAGUACAAAUGGUUCAACGCCCCCCUUCCCUCACUACAGUUCAGACUCCCAGCCACCCUCCGCCCCCGUACCCAUUUGGCAGCCAACAGGCUGGGCAGGUAUUCAAUGCUAUAGGACCGGGACAGUUACCUCCACAACAGCAGGUGGGAAUGGGCCAGUUUGCUGCUCCUCAGCCUAAAGUUCCACAGGGUGGCCCUAGUGGUAUUGCAGGACCCAGACCGCCUCCACCACUUCCACCAACUUCUGGACAGCAGGGCAACCUUACCGCAAAAUCGCCCGGUUCCUCUUCGUCCCCUUUUCAGCAGGGUUCACCAGGCACCCCCCCGAUGAUGGCUCAGAGACCUACAACUCCACAGGGUUUUCCCCAGGGUGUUGGAUCACCAGGAAGAUCUGCUCUUGCCCAACAGGGUAACAUGCAACAAGCAUUUGUGGGAAUGCCCCAGCAUAGUCAGCCUGGGGCCCAAGUUCAUCCAGGUUUGCCAAAGCGUCCAAUGGGUUUUCCAGCAAACUUUGUUCAGGGUCAGGUGAGUGUCAGCACUCCGGGAACACCUGGUGGAGGACCCCCACAACAGCUACAAACCACUCAAGCAAUGACUCAUGCAGGAUCUCAACCUUCAGCCUCUACACCAAACUCAAUGCAGAGUCCAGCCCAUGUCCAACCCAAUGUCAUGGGUGUACAAAGCAGCAUGGCAGGUGCACCUCCUGGUACAACUGCUGGGCCUAGUAUGGGCCAGCAACAGCCUGGCCUCCAGACCCAGAUGAUGGGCCUCCAGCAUCAGGCCCAGCCCGUGUCCUCCUCCCCCAGCCAGAUGGUUCAAGGCCAGGGUGGUGGUCAGACUGUCCUCACACGGCCCAUCAGUCAAGGCCAGAGAGGAGGAAUGACCCCACCCAAGCAAAUGAUGCCUCAACAAGGCCAGGGGGUGAUGCAUGGGCAAGGUCAGAUGGUUGGAGGCCAAGGGCACCAGGCCAUGCUACUGCAGCAGCAACAACAGCAACAAAACUCCAUGAUGGAGCAAAUGGUUGCCAACCAGAUGCAAGCCAACAAGCAGGCAUUUGGAGGCAAGAUGCCAGCUGGGGUCAUGCCUGGCCAAAUGAUGCGUGGCCCUUCUCCGAACGUUCCAGGUAACAUGGCUCAGUUUCAGGGCCAAGUUGGCCCACAGCAGAUGACUCCACAACAGAUGACUCCACAACAGCAACAGCAAAUGGUUCAACUCCAACAACAGCAGUUACAUCAACAGCACCAAUUGCAGCAGCAGCAGCUUCAGCAGCAGCAGCAGCAACACCAGCAGAUGAACCAACAGCAGCCCCAACAGGUUCCUAUUUCUGGAAAUCCUAAUCAAGCUAUGGGCAUGCAUGGGCAACAGAUGAGACUUCCUGCCGGUCACCCUCUAAUACAACAACAGCUGCAACAGCAGCAGUUACAGCAGCAGCAGAAACAGCAACAGAUGGUUCCUGAUAUGCAGGCACAGCAACAACAAAGCAUGAUGGCUGGCCCUCAGCACAUGCAGAUGGGAAAUGGCCACUUUGCAGGUCAUGGCAUGAACUUUAACCCUCAGUUUCCAGGCCAGAUGCCAAUGGGAGCACCCUGUGGCCAACCAGGUGGCUUUCCUGUUAGCAAGGAUGUUACACUGACUAGCCCACUGCUUGUCAACCUACUGCAGAGUGAUAUCUCAGCUAGCCAGUUUGGUCCAGGAGGAAAACAAGGUGCAGGUGGAGGCAAUCAAGCCAAACCAAAGAAAAAGAAACCAGUACGGAAAAAGAAGCCCAAAGAGGGAGAGGGACAACAGCAAGUAGAGGGACUUGGUGGUCUUGAUGCAUCUGCUGGUUUGGAGGAUUCCGAACUGCCAAAUCUGGGUGGUGAACAACUUGGCUUGGACAACUCUGGUCCAAAACUGCCUGAUUUUGCUAACAGGCCAGCCGAACAACAACAGCAGCAGCAAGUGCAACAGCCACAUCUGCAACAACAGCAGGUAAUGAUGAUGCUGAAGAUGCAGCAGGAGCAGGCAAAAAAUCGCAUGUCCAUCCCACCAGGAGGCCAACUCCCUCCAAGGGGCUUGGGCAAUCCAUCUGAGGUGCAAAGGCUUCCUGUCUCGCAGCAAGGCAACAUGCCUGUAAUGAUCAGUCUUCAAGCACAUGGAGGGGUUCCAGCUUCACCUGACAAAGCCAGAGGAAUGCCCCUAAUGGUGAACCCACAGCUUGCAGGCACUGCACGAAGAAUGUCCCAUCCUGACAUAGGUCAGGGUCCCCAAGGCCCUGGAUCUGAAGAGGCCCCUGGAGGUACUCACCAGAAGCAGGACAGGCCUGGUGCCCCAGAUGUGGGGGUGCAACCUGGAAGUGGGACUCAACAGAUGAUAGCCAAUCAGGGCCUCAACAAUCACAUGAUGAAGCAAGGCCCUGGUCCACCACCAAUGCCACCUCAUACUGGAGCUAGUCCCCAGCAACAAUUACCCACUCAGCCUCAACAAGGAGGCCCCAUGCCUGGCCUUCAUUUUCCCAAUGUCCCCACAACCUCACAGAGCUCCAGGCCUAAGACCCCCAAUAGAGCUAGUCCCAGGCCAUACCAUCAUCCCCUCACUCCAACUAAUCGUCCACCCAGUACUGAGCCCUCUGAAAUCAAUCUUUCUCCUGAGAGGCUAAAUGCCUCAAUUGCAGGAUUGUUUCCUCCUAAAAUCAACAUUCCUCUGCCACCCAGGCAGCCCAACCUAAACAGGGGAUUUGAUCAGCAAGGUCUCAACCCAACAACUCUCAAAGCCAUUGGACAGGCCCCUCCUAGCUUAACUCUAUCAGGCAAUAACAACAAUGGCAGUACGGGUGGAAAUAACACAAUCAAUGGCCAACAGCCUUUUUCUGUCACAGGAACAGGGGUUGCAAAUGCUAAACAAGACAAGCAGCCUGGAGGGCAGGGUAAGAGGGCAAGUCCCAGCAAUAGUCGGAGAUCGAGUCCAGCCUCUAGCCGUAAGUCGGCCACCCCAAGUCCAGGAAGACAAAAGGGAACAAAAAUGGCUAUCACCUGCCCUCCUCCUCAGCCACAGUUGGUUACCACUCAGGGGCAAAACAUGCUGCUAAACCCGACUUCAAUAACCCCAAGUCCAGUAUCUAUGCCUUCACAGGUAAGUGGGGGUAUGGAGGCACAACAGACUCAGAGUCCCUUCCAUGGGAUUCAAGGUAACCCUGCUGAGGGACAUAGGGAAAGUCAGGGUAUGAUGACAACACCAGAACAGAGACCGAUGCCUCAGCCUCAAGCUUUGAGGGAGUUAUCAGCCCCUAGAAUGACCAGUCCACGUUUUUCUGUGCCUCAGCAGCUUAAACCUGACAUGGAACUGCAAGCAAGCACAGGUGACCGACAAACAACACAUUCUACACCUAUACAGGAUUCUGAGGUCUCACCUGCUCUCAAACCUCCAACAUCCCUUAACCAGCUAUUGGACAACACAGGUGUUCCAAAUAUGCCUCUUCGCCCUAUGCAGAAUAAUACUGUUAGGGAUGUAAUGGCAAAGGACAGUCCCAAGUCUGUUUUGGAUUCAGACAGACAGUCCCAGAGUACAGAUUUGUUGGCCUCUGUUCCUACCACUACAAGUACAAAUGAAUCAGAAGCUAAACCCAGACCUGUCAUUUCAGUUCCUACCAGCAGUCCCAACUUGCUGUCUGCUUCAAUUCCCAGCUCAUACCCUAGCGCUAUCAUGAACUCCACUACUACUCCCAGCCUCAAUCAGAUCCCAGCCCCAAGUCAUGGUGUCAAUUCUGGUCAGAAUGUAAACCCAAUAGCUACUCUCAAUACCACCCUCAGUGGUAACACUAAUACCACAUCGAGUGUAGGCCCCCAUCUUGUCUCGUUCAGUCAGAGCGGUUCUGUCUCAGCUGUAAGUACCAGUUCUAACUACAGCUCUGUUCUAACCCCAGUCACAAAUGCUUUAAAAUCAAACCCUAGUCCUAAGCCUGUGACAAGUGUUCACUCUGUUAUACAGAUCCCUGCAUCUUCUAGCACCAUAUCCCCCAAUCAGAUAACAGUUUUUGUCACUUCCAACCCCAUCACAUCUGCCCCCACUUCCCAGACACCCACAUCUAUGGUAUCAACUAUGAUGGCUGUUCCUAACAAGAACAUUAGGCCUCAGGACAUCCGACAACAGACCCCCGUCCCUCGACCUCAGUUCAUUGCCACCACCCCUGUAUUUAUUAACCCAAUAUUCCAGGUACCAAGUCCAUCUGUGGCUCCCAGUACCUCAGUGGUUUCACAACCUGUGACCAUGGUGGGGUCAAUCCAAGUGUCAACCACAAACAUUCAACUUUCAUCUUCCCCAAUCUUUACCCAGAGCUCCUCGGGGGUUAACAAGACCAGCACUCAGCCUACCAGAAGUGCUGCAGGACAGAUCCAGAUUGCCAGUACUAUGCCCUUGUCCUCUCCUCAAGUUGGUACAGCUCCUCAACAAAUUAACCAAGGGAUUCUUAAAAUGGAAAAUCUAGGUGAGGCAGGCUCUGCUCAGAGAGCAACUCCUCCAGUUCAACAGCCAUCUCUUCAUCCAACUCCUUCGGCUUCUUCUCCUUUCCAGCCACCCAUGGCUUCUCCACCCCCCUGCUCUAGUCCUGGGGCUGUAAACACCAUUCGAAAGUCCACUAUGUCUCCUUCUCCCACUGCCCAAUUGAAAAAUAAACCUGCACAGGUAGCUGUAUCUGUUUCUGGUACAGCGGACUCACUGCAAAAUCCUGUGGAAAGGUCUGUGCAGGGGCCUACUGUGGCCGUGCCAGCUAAGGUCUUUCUUCCUCCUACCAGUCCUGCUACUCAGAUAGAAGUAACGAUGUCCCGUCCUAUUGCUGCUGCUCCAAACAACAUUUCUCUACCUGCACACUCCUCUCCAAUCCCCGUUCCUGGCCAAGUUGCUGUACCCACUCAGAUUGUUAGCCAGAUUACCAUUCCUGCACCAGCUCCGGCUCCAGUGCCGGGCCAAGCCCAGACUGUAAGUUCUCAAGCUCCUGUUGUCAAUAUAGUUGGUACGACCACAAACGUCACCUCUGCUACUUUAGUUUCUACGGUCACGCCUGUGCAAAGUCCCAUACCGUCCAUCGUUCCAAUUGUUGUUGCACCUGGGCCUGCCCAGGACAUUGCCCCUACCACAAGGUCUCCAGUUGCUGCUCCCAGUGGAGUUACACCAGUUCAGUCUGACCCCCCAGCCAUGGAGCCUCCUAUUCCUUCAGUGGCAACACCUCAUGAAUCCACUCAGACAACUGCAGCACCCGUUCAGCAAGAUGUCCCACAGUCACAAGAACCUGUUGCCAGUGAGAAGACGAGUGAAGAGGUCUCAACAGGACAAGGGUCUUCUGAGCAAGGAUGGGCAAAGAAAAGAAAGACGCCCAUCAACUUAGUCCCAAGAGCUGCAGUGGAGAAGCCCAAAGGACCGAGCAGACGCAGCUCCCGGGCAGAGAAGGAGGUGGAGGAGGAGCCAGUAGCAGACAGCGGCAUUAGGAAGAGAUCAGCCAGGCCUGGAGCCAGUGCUGCUGUGAAAGAAACUGGAGCGAGCCCCACCCAAGCCAAACGAAGGAAGUCUAAAUAGGCACAAACGCAGUCGUGGCAACCUGUGAACUGUACUGUAAAUGCUCUAGUUUUCCGCUGUGAAUCAUUUGAAUAUGGGUCUCUCUCCCUCUCUCUCUCUCUCUCUCUCUCUCUCUCUCUGUCACUCCCGGAUCAUGAAUUACCGUCAGAGGAGGAAACCAUGUACAGAUUGUUUUAAAAAGAAUGAUGCUAUUGUUUUGUCCAUGCUAUUAUUUUUAGACUGUAGUUAGGAUGCGUGCAUAUAUUAUGUGUUUGUGUGAAUGUGCUUUUUAUAUUAAAUGCUGGAUUAAUCAUGUGAAAACUGAUAAUGGAGCUUGUUAUGAUUGUAUAAUUAUGCUGUAAAACUGAAUUAAAUUUUUUUACUGCUUUUUGUUCUGUGAAACUCAAUGAUGUGUUUCUUAUGGCCCCUGUGUUUUUUGUGGGCAGAGAUGCAGAUCUAUACAAUCAUGAGUCGAAGGUUCCUUACAGUCAUUUUCUAUAAGCAAGUUGUGAUUGUAAAAGUACCACCCAUUUCUGGAAUGAUAUUUUACAGGUGUGCAAGUAUUUUUUAAUGAUCUAUUUUAGUCAUUUCUGGCUUGGUGGUACAUUUCAUGAUUUUUAAUUCUACGCCUUGAGGUUUUCAUUUAAAAAAAAAAGAAAAGAAAAUGCUUUAGCAUUUCCAAUAAAUUUGAAUUUGAAGUCUUAACUGGGAUAUAUUUUUAAAAGAAAAAGUAAUCUGUUUUUUAUUUGAGUAUUAGGAAACCGGCCUGAAGGUCUGGGGGUUGUAGGGUGUAAAAAAUAUUGAUAAAUAUAAAAUAAUAAAUGCCCAGAAAGACAUAAUAUUACCACAAAGUCAUCCAAGAAUACCCCCAAGAGACAAUAUGACUUAAAAAGACACAAAAUGUACAGGAAGGAGCUAAAUUGCCACACUUAAUGUGUCCUUAUUAGCCGCUAGUUGUCAUUUACACGAUCCUAAUCAUGUGGUUUUUAUAUGUCCAGUUACUUGCUUGUACUUGCCUUUGCUCUUUGUUUUUAUCUGAUGUGAAGUUGUCCGAGCAUUGUUCAAAAGCACUAUAUGAAUAAAUUUUAUUAUUACGUCUACAGUUUCUCAACCUAAUUUUCUCAGAAAGUCUUUCUCAAGUCAGUUGCCACCUGGAAAAUAAAACUGUCACCUAAACUUCUUUAUGAUCCAAGAACAUGGUUGUCGUGUUCAAGUUUAGAAAAGGAAAACUGUUAAUAGUUAAUUAAGGCACGGGUGGAAAGUAAUGGAUUACUUCAAAUAGUGUGUUUUUUUUUGUGUACUAAAAUAUGUCUUGUUUGAAGUAAUCACAUCUGUUACUGAAUAAAAACGGAAGCAUCCUCAUCUAUUA